ACGUACCGAUUCGGCUGACUCAUCGGGCAACACCGCUUCCUGCUUUCUCUUUCUGCUAGGAAAUCAUGACUUUGUACACGUACCCAGGCAACUUCCGUGCUUACAAGGCACUCAUCGCGGCUCAGUUCUCUGGGGCGAAGGUGAAGGUUGCCUCCGACAGUGAGUUUGUGUUCGGCGAGACAAACAAAAGCCAGGAUUUCCUGCGCAAAUUUCCGCUCGGAAAGGUGCCUGCCUAUGAGACUGCUGAUGGGCAGUAUUUGACUGAGAGCAAUGCCAUCGCAUUCUACCUCGCCAACGCGGAGCUCCGCGGAAAAACUGAGCUGCAGCAGGCUGAGGUGUGGCAAUGGGUGAACUUUGCCGACAAUGAACUGCUCCCGGCCUCCUGUGCUUGGGUCUUUCCCCUUCUGGGCAUCAUGCCGUUCCAGAAGAAAGUCGUCGAACGUGCCAAGCAGGAUGCCGCCACUGCGCUGGGGGUCCUGAACACCAAGUUGACCAAUGUGACAUUCUUGGUGGGCGACCGAAUCUCCCUGGCUGACAUCUGUGUCUUCUGCACGCUGCUCCAUCUGUUCGAGAACGUGCUGGACGCCAGCGAGAGGGCUCGCUACGUGAGUCUCACGCGGUGGUUCAACACGGUCCUCAAUCAGCCGCAGGUGAAGACAGUGCUGACCAAGUUUGAGCUCUGCUCGAAGCCACUGGAGUUCGAUCCACAGAAGUAUGCGCAGUUCGUGGCGAAGACGGGCGGUGGUGAGGAGAAGGAGGAGGGCCAGAAGAAGAAGCAGGAGAAGCCGAAGCAGGAGAAGAAGAAGGAGCAGCCGAAGAAGGAGGAGAAGGAGGCGCCCGAGGAGUUGGACGCCGCCGAGCAGGCUCUGCUCGAGGAGCCCAAGUCCAAGGAUCCCUUCGACAACAUGCCCAAGGGCACCUUCAACAUGGACGACUUCAAGCGCUUCUACUCCAAUGAGGACGAGGCCAAGUCCAUUCCCUACUUCUGGGAGAAGUUCGAUUCCGAGAAUUACUCCAUCUGGUUCGGCGAAUACAAAUACAACGAGGAACUGACGAAGGUGUUCAUGAGCUGCAAUCUGAUCACCGGCAUGUUCCAGCGCCUCGACAAGAUGCGCAAGCAAGCCUUCGCGUCCGUGUGCCUGUUCGGCGAGGAUGGCAACAGCACGAUUUCCGGCGUGUGGGUGUGGCGCGGCCAGGAUUUGGCCUUCGAGCUCAGCCCAGACUGGCAGAUCGACUAUGAUUGCUAUGCCUGGAAGAAAUUGGAUCCCGCAGCUGGCGAGACCAAGGAUCUGGUGGCGCAAUACUUCUCGUGGGCGGGCGCCGACAAGGCUGGCCGCAAAUUCAACCAGGGGAAGGUCUUCAAAUAAACAAUUUCUUGUUGCUUUACGGGAAAUAACACAACCACUAUAACUCUAAAA